GCUGAAAAAAGACGCCUCCAACCAAAAACCAAAACAGAGUAGUUUGCAUCGCCGUCGUCAACCAUGGAGAUCUCCGGCAGCGUUCUCCGCCAGCUCAGCUACGUCUCCGGCUAUGGGACCCACACGCGUUCCCGUGGCGUGGCUUCUCGUGUUGGGCUGAGAAUGGGGACGGGUUCUGGUUUCUGUGACGAGGGGCAUCUGCAGUAUUACCAGGACACCAAAAAGAUUCUGACCCCUAAGAAGUUGAAAUUGCUCAAGGGUUUCUCCAAAUUAGGGCUUGCAUCGGAUCCCGAGAAACUUGCCAUGUUCCAUGAUCUUCAACAAAACCUCACCUCGGAUGCUGGAGAGGUGUUACUGAGAGAGUUAGAAGCAGCAAGAGCAAAGGAGAAGGAAAUGAAGAAAAAAAGAAAGCAAGAGAUAAAGGCCAAACUCAAAGCCUCCAAGAUGAAUUGUGAAUCUUCUUCAUCUUCAUCGUCUGAAUCAAGUGACAGUGAUGGUGAUUGUGAUCAAGUGGUUGACAUGAACAGCUUCAGAACUGGUGCUGGUGUUGUUGUCCCUGCACCUGUGGAGGAAUCCCCACUGCCCAAGACCCCCAUUGUUGAGGAUACAAAUGCAAAGGCGCAUCGUGAUGCCAUGGCAUUGUGUUCUAAGAAUGAUAUCUCUGUUAGCAGUGUUAGAGAUUGUAUUAAGAGCGAGAGUGCUGUUGUUACCGCUGCUCCUCAAAAGAGGAUUGAGGUCUGCAUGGGUACCAAGUGCAAAAGAUCAGGGGCUGCUGCACUGAUGCAAGAGUUUGAGAGAGUGGUGGGUGUCGAAGGUGGUGCUGUUGUUUCAUGCAAGUGCAUGGGCAAGUGCAAAACUGCUCCUAAUGUUAAAGUUCAGAAUUCUGUCGAUCAUAGCCUUGCUCAAGGACUCGAUGAUUCUGUUAACAUUCCUGCUAACCCUCUCUGCAUUGGAGUUGGCUUGGGGGAUGUGGAUGCCAUUGUGGCUAGAUUUUUGGGAGAGAGUCACACAGAUAUAGGUAUGAUAGGUGCAGCUACAGCUACUUGAUGUUGUUGUGGAAAAGGCUAGUGUGCUAUUUGUAAUUGUAUAUAUACUUAGCCAGUAUGCUGAGGAAACAUUAUUGGCAAUGAUUUUUUUUUUUUUAUUGUUCAUAUUGUAUAUAAACUAGUUGUUUUGAAGUUUCAUUUCCUUGUUUAUUGGGAAUGCUAUUUAAUUGUUUCACUCUUAUAAAUAAGUUGGCGGCAAUUAGCUGUUUCCACUU